UUCCGGGAACGCUUGCGAAACAGACCAAGACCAGGCGGGGAUUGGGUAGUCAAUUAGAGCAAAAAAUAUAUAUAAAAAACACACUGAACACAUAUGGUAGAGGAAAGAUACAAGGUUUUAGUAUUUUUUAAAUAUUUUAGAUGAUGCCAGAAACGCUCUCUUACAGUGUACCGGAAGGGUGGCUAUGUAGGCAAUCUUGAUUUUAGCAUCAUCCCGGAACCGUGGGAAAGUGUUAGCUACUGUGUCUAGCCAGCUACACUGAUUUAUUCACCAGAAUAAUAUCCAGGGUUUGAGGAGACAUGGGGGGUGCACAGAGCAUCGAAAUACCUGGAGGAGGAUCCGAAGGUUAUCACGUCCUCAGAGUAUGGAUCUUUAGUAGCAUGCUAAACCACGAGCUGUAACUGGGCUAGUUGAUGAUGGGAACGUAACACAUAAAUACUUGUCAUGAGUGUGAAUGACGAUAAUGUUGUUGCAGUCAUCAGGUUGUUGUAGAAUGUCAGUGUGUAAUUUAUGUGCUCCAUGUGCAAGAGAAUUCCCCUGGGCAUCGUGCAGGAUUGGAACCAUUCUUUGACUUUAUUAUUUCCAUCAGUGACACAAGAUUGGUAAACUGUCAUUUCUCAAAUUAUCUACAUCCUGAAGCUGUCAGAUCCCAUUGCAGCUCCACUAUUUUCAAAGCCAUGGUUACAAGACAACCUAUAGGUGGACUAACUUUGUUUACAGGUGAUGAUGCACUUUAAUUAACAUCUGUACAUUUUUGUCAGAACAAAGAUGAUGACACAUUAAAAGACUUGCUGAAGGUGAAUGUGGAGAAACCCAUCAAGAUGCUGGUAUACAGCAGCAAGACGAUUGAGCUGAGGGAGGCAACAGUCACACCCAACAACAUAUGGGGAGGCCAGGGGCUGCUGGGUGUCAGCAUCCGAUUCUGCAGCUUUGAAGGAGCCAAUGAGAAUGUGUGGCAUGUUCUGGAAGUGGAGCCAAACUCUCCUGCAGCCAUGGCUGGUUUGAGACCACACACUGACUACAUCAUAGGUGCAGACACUGUCAUGAACGAGUCUGAGGAUCUCUUCUCCCUCAUUGAGACGCAUGAAGGGAAAGGGCUUAAGUUGUAUGUGUAUAACACUGACACGGACAACUGUCGGGAUGUGGUUAUCAUUCCAAACUUUGAAUGGGGUGGAGAGGGCAGCCUAGGCUGUGGGAUUGGCUAUGGCUACCUGCACAGGAUACCCACACAUACAUUUGAAGAGGGUAAGAACAUCAGUUUCCCUGGACAUAUUCCAAGUGUACCAGUUUCCCCACUUAAGGAUGGCUUCACAGAGGUACAGCUCUCUGCUGUCAGUUCUCAAUCUGCAGUGCCUUCUGCUCCAACUGGGUUGGAACAAAAUCUCUUUGACCUGUCAGUUAGCUCAGCUCCUCUCACUGUCCCGAGCACUCUUCAAACGGGUAUGCUAGGAGUACCUACUGUGCCAAUGUUGCCUAGCCAAGUCAGCCUCCUGCUAAGCACUAUACCUCCAGUCAUCCCUGCUACCACAUUACCAGGUCUAAUGUCGUUACCCGGAGGCCUACCUCCCCUUUACAAACUGGCAAAUUUAAAUGUCACUUUACCAGACUUGGGCACUGUGUCAUUACCAGGUAUUGGAGGGAUGCCACCAGCAGGUUUCCCUCCAUUGGCCCCUCUUCCUCCCCAUGCUCAACUCCCAGCUGCCUCUGGUCCCAGGGGUAACUCUGCCUCCAUCUGAGUUCACUCUCCCACCUAGCUCCGCAAGCGGCAAUCUCCUAUGAGCAGACAUCCUCAUCCUGGACGCAACAGCCUCCUCCAGAGCCCCAGUGGUCAGUGACACAUUGACAGAAACACUCCUCCCUACACCAGCGGCUUCCUCUGAACCUAGAGAAGCACCAGUGACUUGACUCCUCCUAGCAGAGAACCAUUUACCGACAAGAUCUACUGUAUUUAAAACUCAACAAGGAAAGAAACACUCCGUUGUACUCCUGAAACUAUGGCGGCAUCCCCUAUUAUCCACCCUUUUCCAGAAGUGUGUGUAUAUUUGCACAUUUCUUGUAAUGGAUUUACAAGCAUUGGAUUGGUGUAAUCAUUGGCUGGAGAAGUUUCCACCAUUGUUAAAUCCAUGAUGGGGAGUGUAGACUCUGGAAAAAGGGUGGAGAAUCGGGAUGCAGCCUUGGUGGCUGAAACAACAGCAAGGGUCUUCGGAAGAACGAUGGGCGGUCKGAAAUGUGAGAAUUAUUAUGUGAGAUCUGCUUUAGCCUGUUGUAAUGCAGAAUCAUGUCUUUAUUUUUMCUGUAUAAAAAAGUACUAAAACAUAUGAGUUAAAGUGUGUAAUUGAGACAUCCCUUGAAUAAAUUUAUUUAUUUUUCUCGUC